AUGACUGGUAAUGAGUUCAUGACUGCCAGACUUCAGCCAUCAACAACUCCAGGAUCAGCGCCACAGGAUGAACUUGUUCAAGGAAGCGCCGAACCAAGAAAGGUUUCCACUCCAGGAGUGCAUCCUAUAGGAUAUCUUGCAAGGAAUGCUCAAGAGGAGUUUAGAAAAACCAGGGGCCGACAGUCCAAGACGCUUGAAGAGGCUGUUCAGGAGUACCGUCGUCGAUAUGGUAUUCCACCGCCACCUCUUUUCGACGAGUGGUUUCGAUUUGCAAAAGAUAACGACGUCAAAUUGAUAGACGAGUUCAACACAAUUCAUGAUCUGAUCACUCCAUUCUGGGGACUAAAACCCAAGACUAUCCGGGCUCGAGCCAGAGAGGCAUUGGGGUUUGAUAACGGGUUGAUUGGAGUAUCUAUUCGAGACCACAGGAUCACUUAUAUUCAAAAUGGCGUUGAAUGGCAGCAAAAUGCCACCAAGAGGAUGAUGGGCAAAUUUCUCAAGUACCUUCCAGAUAUGGACCUGGCAUUCAACUUCCACGACGAGUCCCGCGUUAUCCUUACACAUGAGGACCUGACGAGGUUAGUGAAAAUAGCCAAAGAGCAGAACAUGCCCGCAGCGUUAGCGAAACCACAACUUGCCAACGACUUCACUCAAACGAACUCGGAGUUAUUUGAUGGAAAGUCUUUCGACGAGAUAAGUCACACACGCUUCAACUCUUUUGCCCAUCAAUCAACCUGGUCUCAUUCUCGCCUGUCAUGUCCGCCAGAUACUCCAGCUCGAUGUCUCGAGGAGGAAGAGGCUGUGGACUAUAGAAAUAGGUACGGCAUGAGUGAUCUUGGCUUUGUUUACAAUACGACAGCCAUGUCAGACAUCUGCCUAUCGCCCAGCCUCAAAUCCAACUUUGGCUUCUUCGGUGGACCCAAUACAUAUAGAAUUGUCCAGGAUUUGUUUCCCAUAUUCUCCCAGUCUAAGAUUUCUUCUUACAGCGACCUUGUAUACCCGUCUCCCUGGGACUGGGCCGGCAUGGUAAAAUACGAUGAGGAAAUGGACAUGGAGUGGGUUAAGAAGGAGAGCAAGCUAUACUGGCGCGGCUCGACCACCGGAGGGUACAGCCGCAAUGGCCGUUGGAGACACCAGCACCGUCAACGUCUUGUACAGAAAAUUAACGCGCGCGACCAGGCUCAUAUCCUCACUAAGCAAGACGACCGUUCCUGGGCGACCAGGGAGGUCCCGCGCGGCGACUACAACGAGAUGAUGGAUGUGCACUUUUCUCACAUUGGACAAUGUGACCAAGGUGACUGCGAGGCGCAGCGGGCUUUUUUCAAUGUCACCGAGGCUGUAGAUCAGCAAGAUGCUUGGUCAUACAAGUAUCUCCUUGAUAUGGAUGGAAACGCCUUUUCCGGUCGCUUCACUGCCUUCCUUCGCAGUCGCAGCCUCACAUUCAAACUCGCGGUAUUCCGCGAGUGGCACGCUGAGUGGCUCAAGCCGUGGGCACACUAUGUGCCUCUGAGUAUUCAGGGAGAUGACUGGCUUGAGACAGUUCGAUUCCUUGAGAGCGAGGGAGCUGGCCGUGAAGAAGGCGAGCGUAUUGCGGCUGCUAGUCGAGAAUGGGCCAACCAGGCUCUUCGUCAGGUUGACAUGGAAGCAUGGUUCUUCCGCCUCAUGCUUGAGUAUGCUCGAGUGAUAGAUGAUAAGAGAGAAGUAAUUGGUUAUGAUAGCCGUAGCGCCAAUAUGAAGCUACCAAAGGCUGAGAGUUGA